AUGGCGGACAGUAAAUUCUGUGCUGGUUGUCAGCGUAGUGAUGAAGACAUUCCAGCUGUAUCUUGGUGCAGUGACUGCAGUGAACUUGUAUGCAAUACGUGUUCUAGAGUUCACGAAAGGAUGUCCCCGCCUCAUAAGGUAAUACCAACGCAAGAGAUACAACAACUCAGUUCGUCACUUCUUACAUUGUCCAAGAACUGCGACAAUCAUCCAGAUCAAAAGAUUGCACUGUACUGCUGUCAACAUGACAAGGUAGUCUGCGUGUCAUGUGUUCCGAUAUCACAUCAAAAUUGCAAGUCUAUCAUUUCAAUUGAAAAAGCUGCUAGAGGCGUGAAAGGUGGUACCGCUAUUUCUGAUCUAGAGAGAAGGAUUUCAAACCUAUGUCAAGUUACAGAGAACAGACGGAGUCAAAGUGAGAAAACACUUGUAGAUUUAGAAAAGAGUCGUACCAAAAUAAAGACAAGGGUGUCUGAAAUCAAACGGAAAGUCAUUGUUCAUUUAGAUACGUUAGAAGCAGAGAUACAUAAAGAUAUUGAUUCUAAGUAUUCAAAUUGUACUGAGAGUGUGUCCCGAAAUAAAGAUAGCAUACAAUCCAGUGCAGACUCGCUGUCUACAUGGAAAAGCGAUCUACAUUCACUGAAGCAACAUACAUCAGAAGUUCAUUUAUUCCAGGUGGUAAAAUUUCUAGAUGCAAAAGCUUACCAAAAAGAAUUAGAAAUCAGAGAAAUCCAAACAGCUACUGUUCCGAUACUUAAAUAUCAUCCGUCAGAAUCUGAGUCGAAAAUUAAGAAACUAGUACAAGACUUGGGUACAAUAACGGUUGAAAAUGUCCAAGUACCAAUGCCCUUACUAGAUAUCGAUCAACAAGGUCAAUUGCUAGUGAAAGACAAAAGAAAGUUAUCACUGACUCAUUCAUUCAAGACCACGAAAUUAGUAUCUGUUGAAGAUAAAGGUAUCCAGAUCAUCGACCUGACAUCUUUGACGCCUGGAAGGAUAAUUCAAGCUGAAGGAUACUGUAGAGGAAUCACCAGUUUAAAGGACAAGAUCUGGGUAAAUAAUGAAUCUUACACUCUAACCAUUGUGAAUAUCAAUGGUAAAGUUCUUAAAGAAAUACAAACAACAUUUGAUCCUUGUGAUAUUUGUGCCAAUCAGGAUGGUGAUGUGUAUUGUACUGACUUAGAUAGUGAUAAAGUAUUCCUAGUUUCUUCAGAUGGAAAAGAACGUGAGAUAUACAACAGUACUGACCUGGAACAUGCUGAGGGUGUAGCUGUAGAUGACCGUGGUGAUGUGUAUGUAGCAGGAUGUGUAUCAAACAACAUACAUAGAAUAUCUAAUGAUGGACAGAAACAUGACAUCGUCUUGACAGCAGACGAUGACAUCUAUGGACCGACUGGUUUAUCUUACAACAAUGAAACAAGAGAACUGUUAGUCUUAAACAACCAUUGUAAAUCAAUCAAUAUCUAUAAAACCAAAUGA